CACAACUGUGGAAGUUAACAUCGCUGGGCCUUCAUGUUUGUUACUUUUUAUGAAAAUCUCUAUUUACUAAUAACAGAAAAGAACACAAUUAUCUGAAGAUUAUAGCUUAAACCUAACUCGAGUGACGAAAUUCAUAUUUCAAGGGAUAGAGCGAACUUAUGAUCUGAAAGAAGCUACGAUUUGUUGGUGAGUCAAUAGGGUGCUAGGAGGCCUGACUUAUGCACCCUCUCCUUUUAAAUAUCUACCCAUACUCCAGUACUGUUUGCUAGACUUUUCAAUGCUAACGCUGUUUGCCUAGAAAUAAACGGCUGCCUACACUUCAAAGACUUGUGCAAUGAAUGGCGUCAACUCGCCCCUUGUUUGCCAGGAAAUUGAUGGUUUGCUACAUCUUUCCAAACACAUUUCUCAAUCAGUGAAAGGGAUAUUAGCUAUUACAUACAUACGAUCUCAACAACGCCCUGCGGUCUUCCUUACUCUCCUGAUCAACUCAAUUCAUUUGGAAAUCUCGCAAGAUGACUAGAAUCAAGUAUAGUUAAACCCUUCCCAGAUGCUAAGGAAAAAGCUGAUUAUCACCAUGUUUUCCUUUAACAUCUCCAAGACCCUUGUGAUUUACUUCUUGCUCAGGUUGCUUAAGCUCAUAUUCACCUGUGAAGCUAAGCCUAUUUUCUUAUAUUCUGACUGUACUAAUACAACAACUUUCAGUCCUAAUGGCACUUUUCAGCGAAAUCUCAAUUUUCUUCUCUCAUCCCUUUCCUCUAAUUCAAGCCGUGACAACAGAUUCUACAACCUCACAGUUGGCAGUGGCCCUGAAGACAUUGUUUAUGGUCUCUUUCUCUGCCGUGGUGAUGCCACCAAAGACCUCUGUGGAGAAUGUGUAGAUACAGCUGGCAAGGACAUAGUUCAGCGUUGCCGCAUGGAGAAAGCAGCCAUAAUUACCUAUGAGGAAUGCAUGUUACGUUACUCGAGUCAGAAUUUCUUCGGCAAAUUGGAACUGAAACCUGCUUUGCAACUGGUGAACUCCCUCAAUAUUUCACAACAAGAUCAAUUCCUUGAAUUGCUAGAAAGGACGACGCGUAAUGUAACUGCAAGGAUUGCCAAUGAUCGGUCUGGUAGAAGGUUUGCUACUGUAGAAUUGCCCUUCACAAGAAGUGAAACGAUAUACGCAAUUGGUCAAUGCACGCAAGAUUUAUCUGUGUCAGAUUGUAACAGGUGUCUCGAAGAGGCAUUUAAUUAUUUUCUUCCUGGUUGCUGCGGGGUAAAGCAAGGGGGUAGAGUUAUAUUUCCCAGCUGUAUGUUUAGGUAUGAAUUGUACCCAUUUUACCUUGUGGCAGGGGCACCAUCGUCGCCUAAACCCGGCUCCAAAGGUAAAGUUGAAGGAAAAGGGAACCUAUCGUCAGGAAAAAUAAUCAGCAUUGUUGCUGCGAUUGUGGCCUUUGUGCUGCUUUUAAUCGCGGGCUUCUGCAUCCUAAGAUGGAAAAGAAAAAACAAAUACAAUACAGUAGAAGAACAAACAGCUGCAAAUGAUAUUAUGACCAUAGAGUCCUUGCAAUUUGAUUUAGGGACAAUUGCAGCCGCCACCAAUAAGUUCUCUGAUGAUAACAAGUUGGGUGAAGGUGGAUUUGGUCAGGUUUUCAAGGGUAUACUUCCCUCUGGACAAGAAAUCGCUGUAAAGAGGCUAUCAAGAAGAUCUGGGCAGGGUGAAAAGGAAUUUAAGAACGAGGUUGCGGUAGUAGCCAAGCUUCAGCAUAGAAAUCUUGUGAGGCUAUUGGGAUUUUGCUUGGAAGGAGAGGAAAAGUUGCUUAUUUACGAAUUUGUUCCCAACAGGAGCCUUGACUGUUUUCUAUUUGACUCUGAAAAAGGAAGAGAAUUGGAUUGGUCAACUCGCUGCAAGAUUAUCAAAGGAAUAGCUAGAGGGAUUCUUUAUCUUCAUGAAGAUUCUCAACUCAGAAUUAUUCAUCGUGAUCUUAAAGCUAGCAAUGUAUUGUUGGAUAGAGAGAUGAAUCCAAAAAUUUCAGAUUUUGGUAUGGCAAGAAUUUUCGGAGUUGAUGAAAAUCAAGGCAACACUAGUAGAAUAGUUGGGACAUAUGGUUACAUGUCUCCAGAAUAUGCAAUGCAUGGGCAAUUUUCUGUGAAAUCAGAUGUGUACAGUUUUGGAGUCUCAGUUCUUGAGAUUAUCAGUGGCAAGAAGAACAACAGCUUUCAUCAGGUAGAUGGCUUUGAAGACCUCUUAAGCUAUAGCUGGGAACUCUGGAGUAAGGGAACACCCUUGGAACUGUUGGAUCCAACAUUGAGAGAUUCUUGUUUAGAAGAUGAAGUCAUUAGGUGCAUCCAGAUUGGCUUGUUAUGCGUUCAGGAAGAUCCGGCCAAGAGACCCUCCAUGGCUACAAUAGUGCUUGUGCUCAACAGUAGCAAUGUUCUUACUUCAGUGGUACCUCAGCGCCCGGCCUCUUUCUUUCGCUAUAAAAAUAAAUCCAGUAUUCCAACAAGCGAAUUGGAGUUUAAUCAAUCUCGCUUCUCUUCUAUGCCAUCGUCCAUAAAUGAGGUCUCCAUUUCCGAAACAUACCCAAGGUAGCGUUUAUUUUAUCUUUUCUGCAUAAUAUACCAAGUCCAAUAAAGUUGAAAUUUCGAACUUUUAAUUGAUAUAUAAAAGUUCACU